GUCACCUUUCCCGUCCUGCUAUCCUGGGUGAUGCAUAGGGAGUCGAUACACAAAAACGGGAUGCCGAGCGUCCGUGUCGUCUUCACCAUACGCCUCUGUCAAUCUCCCACCACGUCGUUGCUCUCACUUACGAGCACUGAUAAGAUGGCUGAGCAGGGCCAAACGCUGCUGCGGAAUCUCGAGCAGUCCGAAGCCAGAAACACAGCCGAUUGCAACGAAUGGCUCGGACAGCUGCACGCGCUCACCAAAAGCACGGUUGGUCGGGAACUGGCCGCUUCUCUCACGAGCGCUGACCUGGCAGUUAUCGCACGCUUCGGGUUCGGUUGCGGCUGCGAUCCCACCAGUGGCCAGAUUUCUGCCUUACGAUGUUUGAACAAUGUUUUGGUGCUCCAUACCCCGAUAGAGCAAAUGUUCGUGGACGCGUGCCUGCCCGAAAAGGCCAUCGAGCUUUUGAACAAGGGCCCGGACCUUGGGGAACUUGCAGCUAGACUGCUGCUCCGCGUCUCUCAGCAUUUAAAACCUCAUCUAGCAAACCAUCAUCUCACCGACGCGGUCAAUGGGCUCGUUGUGUGGAAGCGGCUGCGAAGCAGCAGCUGGAUGCAUCCCACCUUACUCAUCUCUCCCUCCUGUCGGUCCUUACGGCCCGGUAUGAUGCUUAUGCCUGCCGCUUCCUCUGCUCGCUGGACGGACUAUUCUAGAUGCUGAGCUGGUCGAAUGUCCGCCCCGAAGGCCCGCUGGAGCAGCCCAUCGCUCAGCUGAUCGAUUGUCUCGCCACCCUGUUGCCUUCGUUGAGUGAAACCAUGGGUGUGCAGCCGCCAACGUCGUUUCACGCGGAUAAGCUAGCAAACAUCCUGGGAUGUGCUAUCCGGGCUUAUCGGACGCAAGCCGAUUUCGAGACUCGGAUUACGCCGCUUGUGUCGCUUAUGUACCAUGUUUCCAAAUGGAAACUUGCAACAAGUGACAAGCAACAGAUGCAAUCGCGACUGUUGGCUACAAACCAAGACCGGCAACAGCCUUUGGGCAGGGGAGAUUCGCUGCCCCACCUGGUGGUGGCAACCACUACCGAAGCGGCAACGGCCCUAAAAUCCGUCCUAGCAAGCCUGUUGUUUGAACUGUCGGAUGGCAUCCCGGACCAGCUUGUCCACAAUGUCGGAUUUGGCUGCGCGGCUGGCCUGCUACAAUGUUUAGGCCUACCGCUUACCGCGCCCAUGCCUGACGUCCAAAGGCAAACGGUAGCGACAGACCCCAUCACUGGCCAGCAACAAAGUAUGGAGAUUGGGGUGCAAGAGGGGCUUCCGGAGAUGACGCGAGAGGAGGAGCGAGAAGCCGACCGGCUUUUCACCUUGUUUGAGAGGUUCGUUGCCCUGGUCGUUGUCCGCCCCGGCAAUAUAUUAACGCUUCCUCAAACCUCCUUGUCAUAUUCAUUUUUACUAUGUAUCUCUUUUUCCCUCUGCAGGCUUCGGGAGAAUGGAGUAAUCAGCGUUGAAAAUCCAGUGGUCGAGGCGGCAAGGGCGGGUCGGAUCCAGGAGCUAUCUGAUUCCGACAGUGACUGCUCAUAAGCAUGCCCGGGAGAUAGGUACGCACGGGGAAUCUGGGCUCCCGACUAUAACUCGUUAUGGGCGGCUUCAAAAACAUAUUUGUUGCGGCAUUGGGAUCCAAGUCGGC